AUGGACAAACAGUGGUUUUCUGCAGCUGGAAUUCUCCUGGCCGCCUUCCUGAUAGUCUCAGCUUCUACCCUGACACUUCUCUCUACACAUGAAGACAUUAAUCAGGUUCCUUCAGCCCCUGACACAUCUGCUCAGCAAGGUAGCGGCAUUUUGGGCAUCUUGACAGAAACUAUUGGUGGCAUCAAUUCAGUGGAAAGGGAAUCGGAGGCCCUGGAGAAGAGGGCAGGAGCCCUUUCUACAGAGGCACUGGGGGGCCAGGAGUCCCCCUCCAUGCCUGGCCCCUUAGGAAGUACCAAACCCUCAGGCAGGGUCAAACCUGGACCAAUCCCUCCAGCCCUGAACACAUCUGCAGCCCACAUGACUGUUGCCUCUCAGCCAGGGUCCUCUGGAGCUGACCCUGGAGAGGAAAACGUGGCCUCUGGAACCCUAGAAACAAUUGCUAUGUCAUUGCCACAGACUUCUCCCACACGUGGAUCUGAGCAGUUCAGCAAGGUCCCCAAGUUGUGCUGGACAGUCCCUGCCACAGCAUCAUCGGAGACAACUGUUGCACCUAAACCAACAUGGCAUCCAAUCAGGGCUUCCCUUUUCCCCAUAUUCCCUAGAGCUCCAUGCCCGUUACUGAGCACCUCCAGUUCCCCUGCGUGGAGGGAUGGCCAUUCCAGAUCAGAGGCAUCCCCACCUGUGACACUGGCUCCAAGGAGCCCCUUAGGAUUGCCUAUCUUGCCAUGGAUGCCUAACACACUGAAGGCAACAGAGCUCCCGUUGCCUGCAUCUUCAAGGAGAUCAGGACUGGAACUGACCUCCCAGGCCUUUACAGUGGGCUCUGGGUCGUCUGAAAACCCUAUAGCUUUGGGCACAGGCCCAGUAUCCAGUGGUGCUCCUGGGCCGUUGCUGUCCUCAGCAACGUCACCUUCACAUCCAUCCUCCCCCUACUCCCCACCCUCCUCACCUGAAUUGCCCCUGUCUUCAUCCCCACCACCUGCAUCUUUGUCUUUCUUCCCACCCCCAUCCUCAAUCCCAGCCUCAGUUUCCUUUGUCACCACAGGAGCCAGGGACCCUCCUAAACCUUCUGUGUCUGUGACUGCACCCUCGACUACAGACUCUUCCAUUAAGACCUCGAACCUUGCACCCCCGAUGGCCCUGCGACCCAGCCAUCCUGGGCCAUGGGAUCCUACCAGCCUGAUCCACCUGCCCACUUUCUCCCUCCAACAUUUCUCCAUCCUCCCCUCUGCCCCACACAGCUCUGGCUUCACCAAGUUAUCUGGGGUUGCUGACCCUACCCAGUCCUCUACCCUGCUUCACCCUGGCCAAGAUGUGUCUUUGCAGGACUUGAGUCCCUCCACCCCAGGACCUAGUCAUGUGGCUCACUCUGUGACCUUCAGGAUCAACAGUAAAUGCUUCACCACAGCCGUCGGGAACCUGAUACCCCUGAAGCGAAGGCUGUUGAAGAGGCUUAUCUGCUACCAGCUCCAGCUCAUCUACCUUGAGGCCUUCUCCAGCUUCAAGAAUGUCAGUGCCCUGCUAUUUCGGCCUGAUUCUACAGAAGUGAAAGCCUCACUCGUGUUUGGUCAGCCGGAUCCCUCAGCCCUAGAAAUUCUCUGGGCUUUGUACCGCAAAGUGAAGGCCUCCAGAUGGUUGCUUGGGCACCUGUCCCUGGCUGACAACAGCAUCACCUCUGAUGAGUACAACAUAGCAGACCUUACCCGGGAAACCAUCAGCAUCACCUUCAUACUCAUGAGGCCCUUCCUGCCCCAGCUGCUUCUGCCUGGCUCCCAACCUUUUAUCCUAUUGGAGAAGCAGAUCCUCCAGCUGGUAACCCAUGAGGUCUCAAGAUUCUACAAGGCUAAUCCCCAUGACCAGCCCCUACUCCUAUUCAGCAAUGUGAACGAGUGGGUGAGCAUUUACAUGGAAUACAAGUUCAAGAGUCCCAUCCCCACCCACCUCCGAGGCCUAGCCAGUUACCUGGCCCAUCACAUAACAGACCCCACCCUCCAGAAAUCCAGCAUGGUGGCCAAUGGGGAGAAAGCAGAGCUGGCACUUUAUGAGACACAGCUCCUGAUCCUGGGUCAUCCCUUCGGCAAGGCCUUGGAGAACAAGACUAGUUCUGAGUCCCAGGAGCUUCGUGGACUGCUGACAAAAUGGCUAACCUCAGUCCUCAAGCCUCUGCACAACUUUGGUCAAGUGGUGGUGGAGGAAUUCCAGCAGGAGCCACUGACUGCCAAAGUGCAAGCUGCCUUCUUUGGGGCUGCACCAGCCCAGGCCAUCAUUCAAGACUGCAUGCACCGAGCCCUGGGCUUCCUGCAGGAAACUGAGGGUCUCCAGUUAGAGAUGCUCAUCCCAGUCCUUGGCAUGCCCAGCUCCAGAGCCUCCAGAGGACCUAGCCAUGGGUUCAUGCUGAACCUCCAGCUCACUUCUCUCCAUGUCCUGCUAGAGCAGUAUGCUUUCCACCCGAGGUUUGGGUUUGACCCCAUGACUGCACCUCCACAGUUCAGGCUGGAGGACAAAAACCUGCACCAUAGUAGUGGCUACACCACACAAGUGCUGGCUGGUACCAUCCACGUGGCCCUUGGUGCUGCUCUGCACUUCACCAAGAAGCAAACCCCAUACCUCUCCUAG